AAGGAAGUGGCUCUCCCUGCAUAAACCUCACUUCAGCCAGUCCUAAACCUGAAAAGACAGCACCAGAUGGGGUCUUCAAAUCACGUAAGCCUUUCUAAAUCAGAAGCCAAGAAGACCUGAUUAAAGCUUCCUCUUAAGCGUCAUGGAGAGAAAUUCCGGUACAGGAAUGUCCUUACUGCCACCUGAAGCAGGAGAAACCACUGACAGCUCUAAGACCAGGUCCACCAUGUACACCACCAGUGAAUGUGACCUGGAAGAAAUCCCCCUGGAUGAUGAUGACUCAAGCAGCAUAGAAUUCCAAAUCCUGGCCUUUUAUGCCAAACACCACGUCUUCAAGAGCACCCCUGCUGUCUUCUCACCAAAGCUGCUGCGAAUAAGAAGUUUGUCCCAGAAGGGCCUGGAAUGUUUGUCAGCAAAUGACCCACUGACACUGGGGCUGAGGGCCUGCAGAAGUUCCCGAUCCAGUGAGAAGCCCAUUCCUAAGAAAAAGACUUCUUGGAGAACAAUCUUUGGAGGAGGAGAGAAGGAAGAUUCUACGGAGAUCCAUGCUCAUGGAAGUCAAACACCACCAGAAUAUCAGGGCGCUUUUCACAUUCAGCAAUGGGCUAGAUCCCUGUCUAAUGUGGAACGGCGCAGAGAGGCAGAAGCUGUGAAUCCCAAAGUUGUUUCCAUCGCCAACCGAGUUGCCGAAAUUGUCCACUCCUGGCCACUGCCGGAAGAGAGCCACACCCAGGGAGGAAGCUCCAAGCACACAAGUACCCCCAGGGUGGUACUACAGUGUGGCAUCUCUUUCCAGGCCCAGGGCCCUCAGCCUAGAGGCGCAAGUCCUGAGAAAGAUGGAGAAGACCAAAUAAUACACAAAAUUGUUGAGUUGCUGAAAUAUUCAGGGGAUCAUUUGGAAAGAGAGAUGAGGAAAGACAAGGCUUUGAUGAGCAUUUUCCAGGACUCCAGACUGCCCUACUCUCUCUUCAAGAUCAUCACAGACCAGUUUCUCAGGGGUGUGGACACAAGGGGAGAAUCAGAGGUCAAAGCUAAGGGCUUUAAGGCUGCCCUUGCAAUCGACGUUGCUGCCAAGCUCACCAUCAUCGACAACCACCCCAUGAACAGGAUGCUGGGCUUUGGAACCAAGUACUUGAAAGAGAACUUCUCACCCUGGGUCCAGCAGCACGGUGGAUGGGAAAAAGUACUUGGGACAUCACAUGAAGAAACAGAGCACUGAAGUUUUCAAAACCGUUAAAAUGUGUUCCCACGAAUCAAGAGGCAUCAGGAGAGGCCUUGUUCAUCUCCAACUCAUAGAAUACAGUAGCACUGCCCUUGAAAUUGAUGUUUUUCAGGCCCUCCACUGAGUGUGUGAGAAAGGCUAUAAAGACAAGUGGUACUUCUCCUUUCAAAGGUUCCAAACAGUAACCAUCAUCCUACCUCCACUGGCUUCUUUAUGGAAAGUGGGUUACAGAUGUCUGCUGACCUCAUGAAGGCGAAAUGAUAAACUGUGCAUCUGCUUACUCUUUGGUUUCUAGGACUUUAUUUUUUCAACUACACUUGGAAUGGCCUAAGUAGGCACUGUUUCAAGCCUACCUUUAGGAAGCUAUUAAUAUUCAUGAGCUGGAUAAACAUAAGUAGAUGUAGCUUAAAGAGACCCUUCAGCUUACUGCUACAUCCCCUCGUUGGAGGAGCUGGUGAUGAUUCUGCCUUUUGACUCAUGAAAAUUCCUUUGGCAGCCUGAAAAGCUUCCAUCCAGUGCAAAACUGUUACUCCCACCACCUUCCCCUCUCUUCUCUGUGACCACUCCUCCACUUCUCAAGAUCUCUGUGGCUAUCUUUGUUAUUCCUUGUGGUAGUGUAAUGAUUAAAAAACAAUAAUUAGUAACUGGUAAAAUAAACAUGAAGACCACUGCCCAAAGAGUGUCUUAUGGUUAAAAUAAGUUUUUGUGAGGAUGAAAUGAGUUUACAUAAAGUUCUUAGAACAAUGCUCGCUCCUUGUUCUUGUUGUUAGGUGCCAUUGAGUUGGUUCUAACCCAUAGCCACCCUGUGUACAACAGAACAAAACACUGCCCAGUCCUGCACCAUCCUCACAGUCAUUGCUGUGCUUGAGCUCAUCUUUGCAGCCACUGCGUCAAUCCAUCUCCUUGCUCCUUAGCAAGUGCUAUGUUCUUAUAUUCUCUCCCAUGUGCUGCCCUCAUCAGG